AUGCUUCUCUCGCCGACGAGCUCCGUUAGGCAGACGAAAGGGCUCUGCACAUCACACAUGCAGCAUCGGUCUUCUUUCCCAAUACCCUACGUCACCACUGCACAAAGCGCUCUGCCAUUGCACAUCGAUGCUAUUCUCGAGUGCGAAUACGAUGUCAGCGUGAUCCGCGGUGAAAUGAGGGCCCAUAAAUUCGGUAUCGCAGAUCGUCUCAUUAGAGCCAACGAAUACUGUGGUGAAGAUUUUCUGGAGAUUCGGCAAGACAGCAACAAACAUUGCGAUCUAACAGGUGCCCACAACUCGAGUGCUGCAAUAACAGCACCCACGAUUUACUGCGACAUGAGCACAGCAUCCUCUCAGAGCUUUUCCUCCAUUGCGAUGGCUGUCACCACGAUUUUCGUCACAAGCAUCCAUCGUCUACUAACGACGAUUCAUCCCGCCCGCGGCCCUGCUACCAUGGCAGCAUAUUUGACCAUCGGCAUGCUCAUCCUGAGGGCUAGGAUGCGGCGCUGGGAAUUGGCAUGGGAUAGACAUGAAGGGCAACUUGAAACUGACGUGUCCGCGUAUGGCGACGAAAAAAAAGCAUCGCUGAGUGGCGAGAUAGAGCUAGCGCUUGCUAAAGAGGCCCAGACGGGCGACAUCGUUCCGGUGAAUGAUAUGGGAGAGAGCACGAAUACGUUGUCUAUCGAAGAAGGAAGCUGGUUGUCGGGGAAAGUGCAGUACUACUACCACGGAUGA